AUGUUUUCUCCUUUCUACAAGUGGGUUGGGCAAGUGGUGGCUCCUGAUGAGAAUGUGGAUGACGGUGGGGAUGUCGCUAGCUUUUGGAGCGUUGUAGCGCCGGAUCCAGAGUUUGACAAGCUAGUGCAAGGUUCAGCGUCUACUUCCACCGAUGCAACGGCCGAUGAGACGACCAUGACGACACCACCCUCUUAUCAAGGCGAAAUCACUACCAAUACGUCAACACACGAGACUCCUACUGGUCAAGUGGUCCCUCCAUCUGCUGCUUUUGAUGCGCAAUCUCUGAGAUUUUGUCUGAGUUGCAACCAAGUAACGCCCGUUCGACCAGUGCGACCCGCCGACCCGACUAGUACUAGCAGAACGACGACAACUCCGUUUACCCAUGGCACUCCUCUUGCGACAGCCCUGACCAGCCCUGUUGCUGGAUUGAUGCUGGCGACGGGCGAAGAACUAGAAGCCGCCGUAGGAGCCUCUCGCGCCGCCAAAGCCACGGCAACCACCAACAAAUUGACGCAUCUGGAAGAAUUCCUCUUUCGCAAUUGCGCUUCCACCACCAAACUCACCGACAAGCGACUCGCCAAGAUAAAAAAAGUAGUAGAGGCGGACCCGCCCUUGACCAAAUCGCGAGCCAGAAAUUUGGGACUAUUGGCGCCGGAUGGAUCCACUCCGUUGAUCACCGCCGCGCAAUCGGGCAAUUUUCCAGCCGCCAAAAUUAUCACGGAAGCCGAUGAAUCAGCACCGUUUGAUCGCGAUUUAACCGGUGCCACCGCCAUGCAUCGAGCCGCCGAACAGGGAGACGUCGCAAUGGUCACGUACUUGAAAGAAAAGCACGAAGAAAAGGGACAAGAUGUGGGAACACUCGUCGAUGCGUCGGGGCAGACACCGUACGGUCGCUUUGUAUUGUCGCCCAAACCCAAGCAAAGAAGCACCCAAACCCAAUUACAAUUACAACAAUUGCUCUUUUCACCCACCGAUCGAUCCAUUCGAGGCAAUCCUCAACCGCCGUUGGCCCGACAAGCCGUCGUGACCGCCCUGCAACUGGCGUAUGGAAUAGCCGACAUGCCCGGUAAACGAGUCACCAUGGAAGAUGCCAUUUGUACCGUGACAUUUGACAAGAAUAAUGGCAGGGACCACUAUUGCUUGCUGGGUGUUUGUGACGGACACGGGGACAUGGGCAAGACGUCGCAGUUUGUAUCCGAACACGUGGCGGCCUUAUUACAACAACAACACGCCACCGAAUUUACCACCUGGCAACAAGUCUGGAACGCCAUUUGCCUCAAGGUCGAUGCGGAUCUCAAGAAAAGUGGUCGACCGGGUGGUUCCACGAGCGUCUUUUGUCUCGUGACCAAGGACGAAAUUGUAGUGGCCAAUGUGGGGGACAGUCGGUGCAUUCUCGUGCAAAAGGGAUCAGGCAGUGACGAACCGCCGGAACUGGUGGAGGAAACCGUUGGCACUCCCGAAAAGACGACAACUACCAGCGGGGAUGCUCCCGAAACGCCCACUGUCGGCGUCGACGGCACCAUCACCAAUGCGAUCGACCAAGGUUUUGUGGCAGUGGCCAUGUCGGAUGACCACAAACCCAAUCUACCCGCUGAACGACAACGCAUCGAAAACAACAACCUGAAGGUCGUCGAAGCAACCAUUCAAGAAGAUGAUGGUACCACCAGCACAAUCUACAGGGUACAAAAGAGCGAAAACAACACGCUGGCCGUCUCGCGAUCCUUUGGCGACUUUGAGUACAAGAGCAACAAUCAGUUGGGACCGGACGAGCAGGCGGUCAUUGCGGUUCCAGAAGUUCGUGUGCAUUCUCGUGAUGCCACAAAGGACAUGUAUUUGGUGCUCGCGUGUGAUGGUGUUUGGGAUGUGAUGAGCAACGAGGACGUUGCCAAGUUUGUCGUGGACCGUGUCGACGAUCUGGAUCAAGGGGCCGACAACGGGGCGCGUCUCCUCUCUACGGUGGGAGACGAUUUGCUGGAACAUUGUUUGAACAAGGGUUCCACGGACAAUAUGAGUGUCGUCGUUGCCGCACUGUCGCAAACAAUGGACAAGUGCAUGUCUUAUCCAGGGACCGUGCUGCAGUUUGCGUCUCCAGAGCCCAAAAGAUGA